AUGGGGACAGUCCUGAAUGCCUCCGAGGGGAAAGAGCCGCUGCUCCAGCCCUACAAGUUCGAGCAGUUGUCGGACAUCAGGCCCUUUUUGGAAGAGUACUGGACAAUCUCCUUUCCCAUAGCUCUGAUCUACCUGCUGUCCAUCUUUGUGGGGAUCAACUACAUGAAGGCGCGGAAGGGCUUCAACCUGCAGGGGCCUCUCACCCUUUGGUCCUUCUGCCUUGCCAUCUUCAGUAUCCUGGGGGCAGUGAGGACGUGGGGCUUUAUGGGAGCUUUGAUACUUAGGCAAAACCUAAAGCAAACUGUGUGCUUCACCAUCUACAUCAACGACUCUGUAGUCAGCUUCUGGUCCACCAUCUUUCUUUUCAGCAAGGUCAUUGAACUUGGAGACACAGCCUUCAUCAUCCUGCGCAAGCGGCCCCUCAUCUUUGUGCACUGGUACCACCACAGCACCGUGCUGGUGUUCACGAGCUUUGGAUUCAAGCACAAGUUGGCUGCCGGCGGCUGGUUCAUGACCAUGAACUUCGGUGUGCAUGCCAUCAUGUACACCUACUACACGCUGCGGGCUGCCAACGUGAAGGCCCCCCGGUGGCUGCCCAGGCUCAUCACCAGCCUGCAGAUCCUGCAGAUGUUUAUGGGAGCCGCCGUCGUCAUCCUGGCUUACCUCUGGAGCCAGGAGCAGGGCUGCCACACCACCGCGGAGCAGUUCUUCUGGUCCCUCAUGUUGUACAUGACCUACUUUGUCCUCUUCGCCAACUUCUUCUACAAAACCUACCUGAUGCCCAACGUCAAAGCCAAGACCAAGAGCGAGUAA